AUGCCGCAAGACAACUUGCACAUGACAGCUCUGGAAAUCACCCAUUCCCUGACUGCCCCCGAAAUCGAGGAACUAGUCGAGCAGGUUCGACCAGGACUUCCUUCGAUCACAGAUUAUACUUACGCCCACCGAGCCCGCGUAGUCAAGCCGUCACUCUCUUACGACGCCCAAGCCUUCGCACUGUCCUUCCUCCCUGCAGCUGGCGAACCUUGCACCGCGGACCCCUCUCGCAAACCCGAGGAUGAUGAGUUUACAUACCACCACUUGCGACGCGAUCUCUAUGCCUUGACUUCUGCUACUGGCGUCAAAGUUGCGAGUAGAUAUGUUGUGCCCUCGGCUCACUUGACUGUGGGUCGCUUCAUCAAAACCUCUGACACUGAAACUGCUGAAGGCAAGGUCGAUCAUGCUCGUAUGCAAGAGCUUGUCAACACUGUCGACGAGAUCAACGAGUGGCUCAAAGCGGAGUUCUGGCCCGUAGAUGGCAAGGGAAUCAAAGCCGGUGGUGAAUGGAUCGUCGGCGAAGGAAAGGGUCUCGAUAGCCGCCACGGUGCUCUCUGGUAUGGCUUCUUGUUCCCAAAUUCGUGA